AAUCUCUCUCUCUCUCUCUCUCGAUUGUGAGCUGAGCUGAAGGACGGAAUCAGUCCGACGCGUUCACCGAAUUCUCCACUGAUCGUCACCAUCGACGAGUCAAGGAAGAAGCGGAAGCUCCGAGGAUGAGGAAGCGAGAUUUGGCCAUCCUCAUGCUCUCCGCUUUCGCCAUCUUUUUCUCCCUCCAGCAUGAAGGCGAUUUCUCGUUCAGGGAGGCUUGGUUACAUCUUUCGGAUGAGUAUCCGAUCAAGUAUGAGGCUGAGCGUCUGCCUCCGCCCCUCGUCGCUGACCUCAACGGCGAUGGGAAGAAGGAGGUCCUCGUGGCCACUCACGAUGCUAAAAUUCAGAUAUUGGAACCCCAUGCCAGGCGGGUGGAUGAGGGAUUCAGUGAAGCACGGGUCCUGGCGGAGGUGACUUUGUUGCCGGAUAAGAUCCGUAUCGCAUCAGGGAGACGUCCUGUAGCCAUGGCAACAGGUGUCGUUGAUCGCUCUUAUAGACAUGGACAACCGCAGAAGCAAGUCUUGGUAGUGGUCACCUCAGGAUGGUCUGUGAUGUGUUUUGAUCACAAUUUGAAAAAACUAUGGGAAGUUAAUAUGCAGGAGGAUUUUCCACAUAAUGCUCACCACAGGGAGAUUGCAAUUUCAAUCAGCAACUAUACACUUAAGCAUGGAGAUUCCGGAUUGGUCAUUGUUGGGGGAAGGAUGGAGGUGCAGCCACAUAUUCAGUUGGAUCCGUUUGAAGAAAUUGGGGUAGCAGAAAAUAACGCAGAACGGCAUAGGAGAAGCGCCACCGAGAAAGAGGCUAAUGAAAACUCUGGAAUUAUGGAUUUACGCCACUUUGCAUUUUACGCAUUUGAUGGCCGAUCAGGAGCGAUUCGUUGGACUAGGAAGAAUGAAAAUGUUGAAGCACAUUCUUCAGAUCCAUCACAGUUGAUUCCGCAGCAUAAUUAUAAGCUUGAUGUUCAUGCUCUGAACAGUCGUCAUCCUGGAGAGUAUGAAUGCAGGGAAUUUAGAGAAUCAAUUCUGGGAGUUAUGCCUCAUCACUGGGAUAGGAGAGAAGAUACUCUCUUGAAGCUAGCGCAUUUCAGACGGCAUAAAAGGAAAACAGUGAAGAAAGUAGCUGGAAAAACUACUACCUAUCCAUAUCACAAGCCUGAGGAAAACAAUCCACCAGGAAAGGACUCAUCGAAGAAAUUGUCAAAGAUCAUUGCAAAAGCUACAGAUUAUGCUCGUUCGUCAAAACCUAAGAAGCUACCACAAUACAUCCCUACAAUAACAAACCACACACAGCUCUGGUGGGUCCCAAAUGUUGUUGUGGCUCAUCAGAAAGAAGGGAUAGAAGCUGUUCAUUUGGCCUCUGGUCGGACUGUUUGUAAGCUUCACCUGCAAGAAGGUGGCCUCCAUGCUGAUAUUAAUGGAGAUGGAGUUCUCGAUCAUGUCCAGGCUGUCGGUGGAUAUGGUGCCGAGCAGACUGUUGUCAGCGGUUCCAUGGAAGUCCUUCGGCCCUGUUGGGCAGUCGCAACAUCUGGCGUUCCUGUAAGGGAACAGCUAUUUAAUGUUUCAAUAUGCCGGCAUUCGCCCCUUAACUUGUUUCAGUAUGGGGAUAUUGUGAGAAAUUUCGGGCGAGCUCAUGAUUUGAACUCUUUGGAGGUGGCAACGCCCAUUUUGAUCCCGAAAAAUGAUGGGCAUAAGCAUCGCAGGGGAAGCCAUGGAGAUGUUGUAUUCUUGACGAACAGAGGGGAGGUCUCAUGUUACAAACCGGGCAUACACGGGCACGAUGCAAUCUGGCAGUGGCAGCUCCAGACAGGUGCCACGUGGACAAAUCUCCCAUCUCCGUCUGGGAUGAUGGAGGGCGGUAACGUGGUCCCUACUCUGAAGCCCUUUGCACUCCGUUCUCACGAUGCCCAGGAAUUCAUCCUCGCAGCUGGAGACCAAGAAGCGGUGGUCCUCUCCUCUGGUGGGAGCAUACAGGCAACGAUUGACCUACCUGCACCUCCCACACACGCGAUCGUCAUGGAGGACUUCUCGAAUGAUGGGCUGACCGACCUCAUCCUCGUAACCUCCAACGGGGUGUACGGGUUCGUGCAAACGAGGCAGCCAGGCGCCCUCUUCUUCAGCACACUUGUGGGGUGCCUCAUUGUCGUGAUGGGAGUCAUAUUCGUGACCCAGCACCUGAACUCCAUCAAGGGGAAGCCCCGUGCCUCGUCGGGAACUCACUGAUAGGAAAAAGCUGCUCAUGGGUCGAUAGAUAUGGAUCAACUCUUCUCAUUUUCCUUCUCCUCUUUUGAAUCUUUUACCCAUGUAACUUAUUAGAAAGUCCGAGGUACACGUCGCAGAAGAUUUUGUAACAAUCUCUUUGAGAUGGUCGUCACAGCUUAGGGUUUUCAUACUGGUUGCGGGAUUUUCUAUUGUAACACAGUAUCGGAAGGAACACUGAAUGUGCAGCUGACAUGCUUCUCACACCGAAGUGGUCCCAUUCUUGCAUCCA